UUUGUCGUUCUCCAGCUUAUAAAUAGCAGUCAUAAAGGACAUUUUUAUAUUCAGCAUUGAUCCAGUGCAUUGAUUCAGUGCAAUUACAAAAAUUAUGUUGGCUUUGGUGAUUUUAAUUGUUAGCUUUGCUUAUGUUUCAGGCACAUCUUAUGCUGUUCCAAAAGAAUGCAGUCCAGUCUUUGGUUGUUCUUGGUUGUUUCUAGAAGUUGAAAACUUCUUUUAUGAUGGCGAUGCUUUAAAGGAUGUAAGUGCAGAAACUAUUGAAGACCUAUGUUGGCAUUUUAUGAGUAAAGCCCUUUGUAAAGAGGCAAAGAAGUGUAAAGCGAUGACUUUCGCUACUGAUAUGAUGAAAGAAAUGACAAGAGCCGUUUGUGUUGAGUAUAAAAAUGACUUUCUGGAUUUAUUACCAUGCUACAACGAUCCAGAAUUCCGAUCAGCAUUCGUGAGAUGUGUCCAGAAUUCCUUUGUAGGGUAUGACCAAAAUACGUGUGUGUUUGUGGACCGUCUGAAAAACUGUGCUUCGAUGUUUCAUCAUUGUAACAAAGAGCAGCAAGCAUCUGCUGUAGACACUAUGGUCGAAGAAUAUAGUAAAACAAUAUGCAAUCAUCACAAAUUUAAUAUUGGAGCUCCUAUGUGAGAUUUGUAAACUUUAAAUAAAUAAAACUUGUUUGAUCUAUCAUAGAUAUA